AGGGACCCGUGCAGGGAGCCGCGGGGCUGCACUCGCACAAACACACCGAAGCACACGGACCUUGACACCAACAUGGACACGGACACAGAAACCACAGCACUUUGUUCUUCCAGCAGCCGCCAGGCCUCCCCAUCAGGGACACCCACACCAGAAGCAGACACUACACUUUUGAAACAGAAGCCAGAGAAACUCUUGGCAGAGCUGGACCGGGGUGGGCCACCUCCUGUCCCUGGGGCCCCCAGACGAAGAGGAAGUAUGCCUGUACCCUACAAACACCAGCUGCGGCGGGGACAAGCUGUCGAUGAACUUGACUGGCCACCUCAGGCCUCCUCCUCUGGCUCCUCUGAGUCUUUGGGCUCAGCGGACACAGGCCCCGCCCAAAAGGAUGGUGUCUUUAAGGUCAUGCUCCUGGGGGAGAGUGGCGUGGGCAAGAGUACCCUAGCAGGCACUUUUGGAGGUCUCCAGGGAGACAGUGCUCACGAGAUGGAGAACUCAGAGGACACUUACGAGAGACGAAUCAUGGUGGACAAAGAAGAAGUGACUUUAAUUGUUUACGACAUCUGGGAGCAGGGGGAUGCAGGAGGGUGGCUGCAGGACCACUGUCUUCAGACGGGGGAUGCCUUUCUCAUCGUCUUCUCAGUCACAGAUCGACGAAGCUUCUCCAAAGUUCCUGAAACCCUUCUUCGUCUCCGGGCCGGAAGGCCCCACCACGACCUACCCGUCAUCCUCGUGGGAAACAAGAGUGACCUGGCCCGCUCCCGGGAAGUGUCAUUGGAGGAGGGUCGCCAUCUGGCCGGGACGCUGAGCUGCAAGCACAUCGAGACCUCGGCCGCACUGCAUCACAACACUCGUGAGCUUUUCGAGGGCGCUGUGCGCCAGAUCAGGCUGCGGCGGGGCCGGGGCCAUGUCGGGGGUCAGAGACCCGAGCCUGGCAGCCCCGACGGCCCCGCGCCGCCCACGCGCCGCGAGAGCCUCACCAAGAAGGCUAAGCGCUUCCUCGCCAACCUGGUGCCACGCAACGCCAAGUUCUUCAAGCAACGCUCCAGGUCGUGUCACGACCUUUCCGUGCUCUGAGCCACGGUCGCCAUGGCCACUGCAGUCGCCAUGGUCACCGUGCCCUCCUCUCGCCCCCUCACCCUACUCCUGUCCAUCUAGGAAACCAAAUAUUCCCAGGAUGCCCUGGUGUGAGCGGGAGGCGGGGCCGGGUGGCUGGUCUGUCCACCGCCUCCACCGCCCGGUCUGGACUGUCGAGCACCCACAGCGCCUCAAGACCUGCGAGUCAGGGAAGAAAUUCGUGCUGCAAGGUAUUUUUUAUUAUUAUUAUUAACUCGCAGGAGGCCACCUCUCCUAGCAAGAGCCUCCAAAAACAAGAACUGGAAAAGUGCUUUGUAGCACUUUUACCAAGGAGCUGACCUCCUUGGUACUACUCUGAACAUGCCUUACCUUUAAGCAAACUUUAAAGGUAAAAACCCAGAGAUGACUCUUCCAGAGAUAACUGAAAAUGUUCUCUUAUCCGCCGCCCAGGUCUACUUUGCCGUUAAGAAUUUGUUAAAGAAAAGAGCCUUGGGAUCUCUGUGAGUUCGA